AUGAUCGGUGUGAAGGAAGCGAUUCUGCAAAAAAUGGCAACAGAUGCCGAGUUUGCGAUUCGUGGAGCACCGUUUGAGUUUAAUUUGAGAGACAUGUUGCGAUGGGCUGAACUCGGAGUGAAGGUAAAAUUGAUUUGA